AUGAUACAAGGGCCACCUGAAGAUAUAAUACAGCAAUCGAUAGAUAGCAUAGAAAUAGAACCAGAACUAUUGACAUUGGAUAGAAUAGAAGAUACCAUAAAAUCAAUCAAGACAAUACGAAAUGAUAAGAUUGAACAAUUAACCAAUAAUAAUCAUAAGUUAUUAACUUCAAUUGAACAAUUAAAUCAAGAGAUCAAAGUGUUAAGUAAAAUCAGUGAUUAUAACUAUGAAAUCAUUAAGAAUUUAACCACCAUUCAUAAUGCUAAUAUUGAUUAUCAUACCAGUGAGAUUAAUAAAGAUGAAAAUAUGUUUAAAGUAUUAUCAAAGAAAUCAAUUGAAUUAGAUGAUUUAAAAGUGUUAAUUGCAAAGAAUUUAAAUGAUUUAGAAAGUUCGAUAAAUUCAUUAAAAUUAAAUAAAAAUAAUCUUACUAAAGAACUUAAUGAAUUAAAAUUAAAAUUAUCUAAUGUUUUCGAUGAUAAUGAUAAAUCAUCUCAAAAUAAUGAAAGUCAAGAGUUAUUAGAACAAGAUUCAAGUAUUUUACAAAUCAAUUUAUUCCGAAAUUUAGGGGUGAGGAUUGAAACGUUUGAUAAUACCGAUUUAGAUGAUUCAAAUAUCGAUAAUAGUCAACAAUCAACUUCAUCAUCAUCCCAAUCAAGAUCAAUCGAUCAUAUAAUCAUCCAUAAUAAAGAAUCUAACUUGACAAAUGUGUUAAAAGUUGAACCUCAAUAUAGUGAUUAUUUUAUCUCCAAUUAUGUUUGGGAAAGAUUAGAAGGAUAUAACUAA